AUCGGAACAAAAAGCACUCGAGGCUUUCAGUUUUAUUUGCCAGUGAGCCAAACCAGGCACGAUUUUGUUGUCAGCCAUGAACCAUUCUCAACAAUGCCAUCAUUAUUUAUGAGAAUGGCGUUCAGAGUUAAUCUUACUGGAAGUCGCCCAAGAGCUUGCACGUUCUUCUGUGCGCAACCUCUCGGUUGGAGUAUCGCACCUCUGGUUCACUUGUACACGUAUGCCAUACAGUACUGGUACGGUAGCACCAAUGGCAUGAAGCGCACCUGCAACGUCGAACCUGAAGCUUGACGGAAGCCUCAGCGACAACACCAUGACAAACUUGGGCCAUCACGCAGACGCCAAACAGUCGGCAAAAGAAAAGAGGGAACAAGCUGUGCAUGGCGAUCUUAGCAACAUUCACAACGACGCUGUCCCGCCCAGCACGAGAGAUACCGAGAGAAGGAAACGGGAAACCAAGUUAAUGGAUACUACAAUACGUUGCUCCUACGAGUACUAUUGAGAGACGAGCUUCAUGUCGUUGUAACGACGAAGCAAAAGCCCACAACGGCAUCGGCUAGAGUGACGUUCACACAGAAGCACAAAUCGGUUCCACCCAGCACGAGAGAUACGGUACCCACUGUUGAUUGAGUUACGAGGUUCACGUCGUUACAACGACGAAGGAAAUGCCUACAACUUCAUCGGCUAGAAUCGUAGGAACCUCACUCAAUGUAUACUAGAACGAUCCUCGCUCACGACGGACCCCUCCACACAGCCGAACAAAGAAAAAAAGGAGAAGGAAUCGGUGCUCCAGAGGAAGUGUCAUUCCUUAACAUGGAUAUUUGUCGGGAACAAGUGAAUCCCCUGCGACGAUGAUGGAGCUGUUCAAUCGCGGUUGCUGGUUCACCAAUGGAUGGCAGCUUGGCUGUGUUGACGUUCUUUCACAUCGUCAUGCAAUCUACCAUAUAACCAGAUGCUCUCUUUCGUAUAUGAAUCGGAGUAGAUUUGCAUUGGGGAAACGACGAACAUUUCAUCCCCGUGUGUCAAAAAUUUGAACCUCAAGCACAUGUUACCGGCAAACAAUGAUCUUUGUUGUCUCUCAAUCGGUCACGCGAAAAGCCCCUUGAGAAUGCGUUUCAGCUGUUCCAAGUGCAGGCAAACUCCCUUGAACCUGCAAUUCCGAAAGGGAUCCUGUCGGCAUGUAUCAUAUGUAGUAGCGAGCUUGUCGCAACAGAGGGAAUGCACGUGGGAACGAAUGCUCCAUGGCGCGAUAGACCCGGUCACGUAUAUCAGUAUUUCAGUUGCAUUCGAGUGCAGGCAACCACCCUAACUAAGCAACAACAAUUCAAGAUCUGGACCGUUGGCGCUUUCCUUUGUACACGGGAACGAAUCCUCCCGACACAAUCGUACGGUACCGAUGUGCCAGUUGGAGCAUACAAAGGGAAACACCCAUACUAUGUAGCGUGAAACGGACGAAUCGCAGCCGACCCAGAAGAGGCGAGCCUCCCAGUGAUUGCUCUCGGCAAAUAGUCUCAUUUCUUGUUCAUCGAGCUGAAUAAAACAGGUUGUUCGUUGAUUUGCUUUGCCAUCACUUGUUCAUUGCAUACGGUAGGGUCACAAAGCAACCAUGUCCAGCGCCUACAAACUCAUGGGAAGUCUAGGGGCAGAAGUGUCCCUUGAAGAUGGCCUAUCAGCAGCGUUGAAGGAUGGAACCCUUCAUGAUGUGACAUUGGUGGGAAGUGAUGGUGUCCAAGUGUUGACUCAUCGAUUGCUCCUUGUUGCCCGAAGCAAGGUGUUCAAGACCAUGCUGAUGGGAAGCUUCUCAGAGGUGACCAGCCCUACUGUAAACGUUGACUUUCCUGGAGCAGUUGUCAAUGCAAUUGUUGAGUAUAUCUACACCAGCAAAGUUCAGCUGCUCACAGAACUCAACCCAGACAAUGUGGAAGUGAGCGGUGACAUCUCAGAGGCUGGACUUGAGGAAUUUGAAAUGCUCAUCUCCAUGACGGCAGCUGCGGCCUACUACAACCUCCCCUACUUGUGUGACAGUGCCAACAACCUCAUGGAAACAUAUGUCAAAAAGUUUCCUUCCUUGUCCCUUGCUGUGUUGGAGGCAUGUGCUCAGGAAUACCCUGCUGUAUCAAACAAUUUGCUUGAAAUGGCCUUGUCCCACAUUCGACAAAACAAGUUUGAGAGAUUGAAUGAAGGAAUUUUGUGUUCCUUGAGCUCCCCUGUUCUGUCAGUCAUUCUCAGUGAUGAGAAAACGGAGGUGGGUGAAUAUGAGCGCUUUGAGAUGGUUCAACAGUGGUCUGAAGGUGGUUCUGGUGGUGUUAACCGCAAAGUCAGUGCCAAAACAUUGGUGAAAGAACACCUGAAGCUGCAUCUGAUUUGUCCCAAUGUACUAGCCAAAUCAGUUGCUCCCUCUGGACUUGCUGACAUUGAGCAGAUGACAGAAGCUUACAAGAAACACGCUUUGAGAGUGUCAUACAGCACUUUUGGACAUUUUUGUGGGGAAUUAAUACUUCGACAGUCAAAGCCAGUCUGGAAUGGAAGUCAAUCAAACACAAUCACUGAAACCCGGUCAGGUGUAUACUGGAAGAGUGACAAAAUGACAUGUCCCCCCCUUGUCAAUGGAUGCAAAUAUAUGUGGGCCAUUUGUACUUCUGGUACCAAAGCUGCUGACGAUAUCAUGAUUGGUGUAGCCAAACAUUCUACAACACUGAAUGACAACAAUUAUUGUGGGAGUCAGCCAACAUGCUGGGCUGCAUAUGGAGACAAUGGACAUGCAUGGUACUCAGGAGCACAGAAAGAGUUCAUUGGUGAUGGUGCAAAAUUUGGCAAUGGGUCCCAUGUCACAGUUACACUUGAUCUUUCUCAUGAUGAAGCAAACAAUGGCAGUUUCUCCAUUUCUGUAAAUGGUGCAGCUUCUGUUAUUGUCAGUCGCAACAUGCAGACACACCUUGACAGUAUCACUGAUGGAUAUGUUCCAGUGGUAUCAUGCUUUAGUGGAAGUAGUGCAAAGAUCCUCAGCAUUGAGGAGUUGGUUUAGAAAACCCAGCUCCCUGUCCCAUCGGAGCAACAACAAACAGCAAGAGGCACCAGUUAUGUUCCCCUUCCAAGUUCCUGCAUGAUUUUGGAGCCCUAUGGUUUCUGAAUAUUUUCAAAACGGGAACAACAGUAAAAUCAUAUAUUCCAUUUAGCAGCUACCGUAGCUAUUCAUGUUAGUCUAGUUCCCAUG